AUGGCUUCUUCUUCUUCACAACAACAAGAACAAGACCAAUCAGCUUUAGAUCUCAUAACUCUACACCUCCUUACCGAUUUUCCUACCUUAGAUUCAUUCGUCUCAAACAUCCAACGCUGCACCACUUCCACUCUAAGCCAACGCAAGCCACCUCCUGCCACUAUUGCAGUUCCAACUACUGCACCGGUGGCUCAAGAGGAUGAUCAAAGGCAUUACAGAGGCGUGAGGCGAAGACCGUGGGGUAAGUAUGCGGCUGAGAUUAGAGACCCAAACAAGAAAGGUGUUCGUGUCUGGUUAGGUACUUUUGACACAGCCAUGGAAGCUGCAAGAGGUUACGACAGAGCUGCUUUUAAACUACGAGGAAGUAAAGCCAUUCUUAACUUCCCACUCGAAGCAGGCAAGCACGAGGACUCUGAUGACAACAAGACUGUGUCUUUGAAAGCUAAGAGGAAGAGACAAGUAACUGAGGAUGAAAGCCAUGGGAGAAACCUGAGCAGUCAUAAAGCUGUGAAAAGGGAAGAGACGGAAACUCAGGGUGAGGCUUGUCCGUUAACGCCGUCAAGCUGGAUGGGGUUUUGGGACGGAGUAGACGGUAAAGGGAUGGGACUAUUCUCUGUGCCUCCGUUAUCUCCUUAUCCAUCUCUUGGACACUCUCAAGUCUCAACUCGUGGUUAA